AUGUCUGCCCCUGUCUUCCUCGGUAUCAUUGGCGUCGGCGGCGUCGGCACUGCCUUCCUGCACCAGCUCGCCCGCCUCCCCAACGCCCCCAAGCUCAUCCUUCUCGCCCGCUCCACCCAAACCCUCCUCUCCCCGACCCCCUCCUACAGCCCCAGCAUCCCCGCCGCGGAAUGGAAGACCGCCAGCGCAACCCCCUCCCUGACCAAGUCCGGCGCCCUCUCCGCUGAAGAAAUCGCUAACUACCUCUCCUCCGCGCCCGGCCGCUCCAUCCUCGUCGACAACACCAGCGACCCCGCCCUCGCCGCCUCCUACCCCAUCUUCCUGCGCAAGGGCAUCUCCAUCGUCACCCCCAACAAGAAGGGUUUCUCCUCCGACCUGUCCCUCUGGAAGGACAUCUUCGCUUCCGCCGCCCAGGGCAACGCCCUUGUCUACCAUGAAAGUACCGUCGGUGCUGGCCUGCCUGUUAUCUCUACGCUGCGGGAUCUGGUUGCCACCGGUGACGAGGUGACGCGCAUCGAGGGAGUGUUUUCGGGUACGCUUUCUUUCUUGUUCAACACUUUUGCGCCGGUUGGUGGAGCUGGUGCUGGACGGAAGUGGAGUGAGGUUGUGGCUGAGGCGAAGGAGUUGGGUUACACUGAGCCUGAUCCGAGAGAUGAUCUGAAUGGUAUGGAUGUUGCGAGAAAGUUGACUAUCCUGGCACGUAUUGCUGGGUUGGAGGUCCAGGCUCCUGAUGCGUUCCCCGUUGAGUCGUUGAUCCCCGAGGAGUUGAGGGGAUUGGAUGGCUCUGCGGAGGGUGCUAAGACUUUCAUGGAGAGGUUGGCCGAGUUUGACGGUCAGAUGACGGAGAUUAAGGAGAGUGCCGAGAAGGAGGGUAAGGUUGUUCGGUACGUGGGUAGUGUGGAUGUUGGCAAGAAGGAGGUGCGUGUUGGAUUGCAGCGCUUCGACAAGGAUAGUGCCAUUGCUGGCCUGAAGGGCAGUGACAACAUCAUUAGCUUCUAUACUAAGCGGUACGGAAGCAACCCGCUCAUUGUGCAGGGUGCUGGUGCUGGUGGUGAUGUUACUGCUAUGGGUGUGUCGGCCGAUUUGAUCAAGGUCGUGCAGAGACUGCAGUAG